UGGUUGCGUUGUGAAUUCUUUCCAGAGUUUAUUUUAAUUUAUUUGCAAAACUUCCAUGGUAACCAAACAAAAUGACUAAAAAGUCUAUAUCAUUGGAAGUUGACUCUACGAUACUGGAAAAAAACAUGAGAAUUGUGAAGGUAAAUAAUUACAUAUGUAUUUACUUUCUAUAUUUUCUUAUUUAUAAAGCUGCUAGCGACCGCCCGCGAUUUAACAUUAUCCAGGAUAAAAAGUAUCCUCUCAUUCCAGGUCAUUAUGUAUUCAGUACCAAACAUCCAAAUCCAUAUUUGCGUUAAUUGAGAAAACCCUGUCGAAGAAGAGUUCAACAAACUCUUAGCAACAGUGGAUCCAGUGCCUUCAAAACUUGUAAAACCAACACCAGGAUUUUGUGUUAAGACUUUCUCAAAGCCUGAUAGCAAGAAGGUCUUUGUAAACAUAUGUUUGACUGCAGCAAUACCAUGUCCAAGAGACAUCACUAAUGAUGAACUGAUGCAAAUACUUAGUUCCGAAGAUCCGUCUAGUUACAGAGUGCCUAUGAGUAUAGGUGAAGGCAGAACUGAACCGGACAAAUCGGGUGCACCAGCAACUGUUUAUGAUGUAGCCAUUAACCCGGAGUUCUUUAAAAAAAUUGAAAAUGAUGACUUGUUUCGCACUUUCUUCCUGACAGUUGUAUUUGAAGGUCUCCAAGAUAAAUAUCAGUUUGAAUUGGAUAUCCAAAAGUAUACCAUAUUGAAGAAUCGAAAGUCUAUUGGCACACUCCAGUCUCACAGAAUUCAAAUAAGAGAUAUUAAAAAAUGCGAAGAGAAUACUAAGUCUCCACUCAUUGAAGAGAUAGGAGAUAAGCCUGCAAAAAUUACAGAGAUAACUAACAGAACAAAGAAGGAAAUUAUUUAUAGACUAAGAAGAGAACCACCAACUGGAGAAAUUGAAUAUUUGUUAGCUGAAUUUAGAGUACCAGCAUCUGUUGAACUGAAAGAUUUGAAUUUAGAAGUUGGUGAAGACCGUUUGGUGCUUGACUCUAAGGGACUGUAUGAACCAGUGGAUUUCUUUCUGCCGUGCAGUGUAGACCAAGAUGUAAUUGAUGCUCAGCUAAACAGGAAUAAUGAUAUGCUGUACGUGAAAAUGCCUGUAAUUCAUUAGUUAUUCUCAAAUUAGUCACUUCUAUUUAAUUAUAUUAAAAACACAAAAAAUAUG